GCGGCGGCGUCGGAUUGGUCGGCGGAAGCGAGGCAGUCGGGGCGGGGCGGCGGCGGUCGAGGAAGAACCCGGAAGUGCCGAGAGGAGGCGGUGGCAGGCUCCGCUCGGAUGUGUGUGACCAUGCCGGGCCGCGGGCUGCCCCCGGAGGAGCGGGUGCGGCGGCUGAUCCAGGCGGGCAGCAGCGUGGAGGUGAACGAGGACAUCCCCCCGCGCCGCUACUACCGCUCGGGGGUGGAGAUGCUGCGCAUGGCGGCGGUGUACGCGGGGGAGGGCAACGCCGAGCACGCCUUCAUCCUCUACAACAAGUACAUCACGCUCUUCAUUGAGAAGCUGCCACAGCACCGUGAUUACAAAACCGCCGUCAUUCCCGAGAAGAGGGAGACGGUCAAAAAACUGAAGGAAGUAGCCUUUCCCAGAGCGGAAGAGCUCAAGGAGGAGCUGCUAAAGAGGUACGCCCAGGACUAUGCUAAGUACAAGGAGCAGGAGCAGCAGCUGGAGGAGGAGAAGAGCCGGGUGGCCCUGAUGAAGCAGCAGCAGGCAGAGCAGGAGCAGUUCCACGCCUUCGGGAUGAUCCGGCGGCAGGAGCUGGAGAAGGAACGCCUGAGGAUAGUGCAGGAGUUUGGGAAGCCAGAGCCAGAGUCUCUGGAUGGACCCCUCAUCCCUGGAGUGGAAAAGCCCCCGACUGAUUUAACCCCAAAGGUUCCAGUGUCUUCAGUUCACCCAGCAAGUCCCUCAGCGGGGACUGUCCCACCCAGACCUCCCGUUGUGGACAGAUCUUUGAAGCCCAGUGCUUUGGGGAGCACAGAAACCAGUGCAGGAGUGGAUGUCCUUCGCCAGGUCAUUGUCCCCAGGGAGCUGUGCCACAAAUUCCUCCAGCUGGCUGAUGCCAACACGGUGCGGGGUGUGGAGACCUGUGGGAUCCUCUGUGGGAAGCUGAUGAGGAAUGAGUUCACCAUAACCCACGUGAUCGUGCCCAAGCAACACGGGGGCCCCGACUACUGCAACACCGAGAACGAGGAGGAGCUGUUCCUGAUCCAGGACCAGCACGGCCUCGUCACCCUGGGCUGGAUCCAUACCCAUCCCACACAGACAGCCUUCCUGUCCAGCGUGGACCUGCACACCCACUGCUCCUACCAGAUGAUGCUGCCGGAGUCCAUCGCCAUCGUCUGCUCUCCCAAGUACCAGGAGACGGGGUUUUUCCGGCUGACGGAGCACGGCCUGGAGGAGAUCUCGUCCUGCCGCCAGAAAGGGUUCCACCCACACAAAGACCCCCCUCUCUUCACGACCUGCAGUCACGUGUCAGUGGUGGAGAGGGACGUUGUCCUGCUGGAUCUCCGAUAAUCCUCCUGCCUUAUCCGCUCACAGGAACCUCCCACCCUCCUCUCAGCCUUAGGGAUUGGUCCCUCCUGUAGCAGAUGAUUCCCACCGUGUAGAGAUCCCUCCCCUCCCUCCCCCAGUGCUGGUGGGAUUUCCAGUGGAAUCACAUCCCUGACCUCCUUGGGAGCACGUGGAUCCUCAGUGCCUGGAGCCUGCUGAGGUCCAAGGUGUGGGGAAAAGCCAGUUGGGAAUUCAGAGGCAGGAGCCAACACUAAAGCAGUUUUUAACACUCUAAUCCGUGGCUGGAACGGCCUCCUGGGGAGGUUCCUCAUGAUUUGCUGCAACCACGAGGUGGGGAAACCUCUUCAAGUGCUUUUGGGACUUGCCCAAAUUAACCCAUGCCCCGUGUUGUCCCUCUGCGGGUUGCUGUGGGCUUAGAGCAGCUUCCAGGAGUAGAUAAACCUUUGCUGUAGUUUAAGAUUAAACCCUCCUGACCCCUCUCCCCCUCACGAGCUCAGCCCCGCCGAGCUGAGCCACUCCUGCUUCCUGGUACUCAGAUCUUUGCCUGGGGAGAGAGGGGACUCAACUCCUUUAGGAUCCCCAUUUCAGGGAUGAAGGUGCCUGGACGGGGCACAGCUUUGCAGGAUCUCCCUCAUCCCAGCAGUGUUUAGGGGUGUCUGGUGACUUUAUUCCCUUUCCUGGCUCUGGGAUCCUCUCAGCCCAUGGUGGAGCACUGGGUGUCCCAGCUGCCAUCACUGCUCCCAGACGGAAUUCCAGCUGCUCUGGCCACUUCCAUCCUCCAAGAUCCCACAGCCUGAUUGCCUCUGAGCUUCCCAGAGCAGCUGGAAGCCCGUCCUUGCCAAACCCGAGCUCUCCGUGACGUCGCUGCCGUGCGGUACGGCCGGAUCCUGCUCCGAGGUGCUUUAGUCGGAUGCCAAGCAGAGAAUUCCCUUCCCUGUGCUCCAGGCCGAGCCUCCACCCUCACUGGGUAGGAAGCAGCAGAAUUCCAAGGUGGAAGGCAGCUGGGCUCAGGGCUGAGCGUGACCCACACCACCCCCUGCAGAGGGAUGGUCGGCACAUGGCUGUGCAGGGCUGGGGGGGCUGGAGCUGCCUUCCCACCUGGCAUGAAAACAUCCCUGUCCUCGUGCAUCCAGCACCCCUCCGUGUUCCCGUGAACACACAUGGAUCACAUUAUC